AUGUCCAGUAUGUCGUACGCAGAAAGAGCCACCAAGACCAGCAAUCCAUUGGUGAAGAAGUUGUUCACCAUCAUGGAGGAAAAGAAGACCAACUUGUGUGCUUCUGUCGAUGUCCGCACCACCAAAGAGUUUCUCGAAUUGAUUGAAAAAUUGGCCCCAUUCAUUUGUGUGGUCAAGACCCAUAUUGAUAUCUUGGACGAUUUCACUUACGAUGGCACCAUCUUGCCAUUGUUGGAGCUCAAGAAGAAGCACAACUUCCUUAUUUUCGAAGACAGAAAGUUUGCCGACAUUGGUAACACCGUCAAAUUACAAUAUUCUGCUGGGGUUUACAAGAUUAGUACUUGGGCCGACAUCACCAACGCCCACGGGGUCACUGGUCCAGGGAUCGUUGCUGGCUUGAAGGCUGCUGCCGAAGAAACCACCACUGAACCAAGAGGAUUGCUCAUGUUGGCGCAAUUGUCAUCGAAGGGGUCUAUUGCUACCGGGGAAUACACCAAGCAAACCAUUGACAUUGCCAGAACCGACAAAUCCUUUGUGGUUGGUUUCAUUGCCCAACACAAGGUCGAGGAGCAAGAAGGAGAGGACUGGGUUGUCAUGACCCCAGGGGUAGGAUUAGAUGACAAGGGCGAUGCUUUGGGUCAACAAUACAGAACUGUGUCCGAAGUUGUUGGCAAAGAGGGCUGUGAUAUCAUCAUUGUUGGACGUGGGUUGUUUGGCAAGGGCAGAGACCCAUUGGUCGAAGGAAAGAGAUACCAGGAGGCUGGCUGGAACUCGUACUUGAACAGAAUUCAAUGA